AUGGUCGACUUGAAGCAACAACUCCAAUGGAUUGACUACUUGGGUGUGGUUGCUGUGUGGCUCUGCUUCUUCGGCACCAUUUUGGUGAUCGCAGUGACUUGCAUCCUCUGGUGCUGCGUCAGUAAAGAGGACGAUCCGACAGUGUUUGCCAAGUACGGAUUCGGACCAACACCACGCGUUCCAUCUCAAAGGUUGGCUGCUCAGGAGGCUAAAGCUGAAUAG